GAAGAGUUUUUAGUGUUCUUACAUAUUAGAAGGUAAAGUGACUGAACAGGAAAACACAAUCUGGCCGAGGUCCGACAGCUGCUCCACUGGUUCGAGGCUGACGGCAGUCUGUUAUAAGAAGACGAAAAUGCACAAAUGACUGGACCUCACCCCAAGCCUGGUCAAAUAAUGAUCAAAGAUCUAGUGAUUGUGCGCCAUCCUGUCUCUGUGUGUGUACCUGUGAACCAUAAGGUGACUCUGUGUGUCCGAGCUGAGGGGAAAGGCAUCCUGAACUACCAGUGGUUCUUUGAGAAGGAGAAGGAAAACUAUGUGGAAGUUCCUGGGGGUAAUCAACCAGACUUGACUUUAAAAGCUGUAAAAACUCAGUGCUUUGUCUGCCGAGUGAACGACCACUCUAACAACUGCGCCUUCAGCGAGUGGGUGAAGGUGAAGGUGUUGGACACUGAUAAAUCAGAUUUGCCGGUGGACUGGCAAGGCGAGCCGCACAUCACCGUCAACCCCAAACCGCAAACAGUUCAACCAGGUGGGAAACUUACUCUCCGAUGUGCUGCCUUCGGCAUCCCAGCGCCGCGCUACCAGUGGUACAGAAAUGGCCAACCGCUGCCAGACAAGAUGAGCGACACGCUGCAGAUAAACGAUGUAACAGAUGAACAUGGAGGGUCCUACCUGUGCUCCAUCUCUAAUGUGCUGGAGGAGAGUUGGACGGAGGCAGUCGACGUGGACGUCGUGCAACCGGACCAGCUUCCUCCUCCAGCACUCACAGCCACAGAUAAAGUCGCCCUUCUCAUCGGCAACCUGAAUUACUCCAACUACCCGAACUUGAUGGCGCCCGUCGUGGACGUACACGAGCUGGCCAACCUGUUGCAGCAGCUCGGCUUCAGAGUCGUUUCCUUGCUGGAUCUCACCCGAGAGGAGAUGCUGGCUGCUAUCGACAAGUUCAUACAACUCCUGGACAGAGGGGUUUAUGGCCUUUUCUACUACGCGGGUCAUGGGUACGAGCACGCUGGGAGGAAUUACCUGAUUGCUGUUGAUGCUCCACAGUCGUACCAAACCAAAAACUGCAUCUGUGUGCAGCGGGUGAUGUACAAAAUGCAAGAGCGGAAAACUGCACUGAGUGUAAUCCUGCUGGACACCUGCAGAAAAUGGUACAACCAGGAUCGUAUCCCAUCAUUUAUUGAGCCACUAGGACCAAAUGGGAACACUGUGUAUGGUUAUGGCACAUGUGAGGAUGCUGAGGCCUACGAGGUCCAGGACGGGGGCAGGAGUUCAGGGAUCUUCACAAAGUACCUGAACAGACACAUCCUGCAGCCAGACAAAGUCACACAUGUCUUAGAAAAAGUGUCUGAAGAACUUGGUAAAGACCCCCUCGUUAAAGGCAAGCAGGCAGUGGAAAUUAAACACACCAUGAAAGAACCUCGAUCCCUCACCGAUKCAGUUCGAACCACUGGCCACACAAAAGAGCUACACCUACGCAACGUUUGCUGGAGACAAGCAAACGAGUUGCCACGUAAAAAGCUGCUGUGGUUCCCUUGCGGAGUGGAAGUGGAAGUCAGCUUUUCAGCUCUGUUCUCUAAUGUCUUAGUAGCUUUUGCUACUAUAAAGACUGUGGGUGACCAUACCCAGGACUGCACCGUCACUCUGAGUAGCACACCUGUGAUGGAAGACAUGUUUUCUAGGCCGGGACGGUCAGAAGAGAUGGACUCGCUCCUGUUUAAAGCCUCAAAUAAUCCAGAUUGUACUCUGAGACUUUGCUCUCUUCAGAAGUUGAAGGAGUCAUUGAUCAUCAAGGUGGAUCUACAUUAUACUCACAAAGACAGUAACUUGCGUCAAACUGAGAGCCAACAGGUGGACAUAGGAAAACCCCUGGUGGCGUCCUGCAGGCUGUACAAGGAGAGUCACGCAGCAAAAAACAAGAGACAAGACGGCACUUCAGCUCAAAGUAUGGGCAACAUUUCAAACAGCACGUCACCGUGGCGUCAGACCCCGGCUCGUCCGUGUCACACUAGAAAGGCAGUUUGUGCUGCUAAAACUGAAACUGUCUGGAGCAACGAACCUGAAGAGAACGAUGAGAAUGAACUGUGAGAUUUAUGACUUUUACUUUAAAUGUUUUUGUAUGCAGUUGAUUAUUAAUCCUGUCUGUAAUUGAUGAAAACAAUUAAGUGAAAGAACUGAAAAAAACAAAACAAAACAAAACAAAAAAAACACUGGUUGUCUCUUGAAAGAGUAUACUUCUGAAGAAUUACUGUAGUUGACACUUAUUAUUUUAAAGGCAAGCUGGCUGGCCUGUAGAGGACAUCACUAUCAAUAAUUUAUCUAAUAAAUAAUAUUUCUUCCUUUCAAGUUUUGGAAAAUAUUAUGUUAUUUUUAAACCUAAGAUCAAAUGUACAUUUUUUUUUUACUAAGAAAUAUAAAACUGCUUAUUUAAUCAGCUAUUGGUGCUGAAAUAGUUUUUAAUAAAUGUUUGGAAAUUAAAA